GUAGGAAUGUGGUGUUUUCUGUCAAGUCUGUCGCUAUACAGGACAUUUCUGUCAUCUUAACACCUUUUUUGUCGUCACUAAAUGAUUAAACUGCCUGUUUUAGACAUUAGCAAACAAUUUCUGUAACAUUUAUUCGUCGGGAAGUGAAAACGAUGCUGUUAUAAUGUCUCGACUCGUGAAGAAAUCCCCCUCUCUCUGCACGGAUCUACCUUUGGACAACUCAGAUGUUUGCACCAAGCUUCGUUUGCUUAAGGAGCUUCUGAAGUCUUCUUUUGGUCCCUCAGGUAGACUCAAACAAGUCCACAACAACAUCGGAGGACACGUUGUUACCACGUCCAGCUCCUCAGUCCUCCUUGCAGCCCUCUCCUCCUCACAGCCUUUAGUCAACCUGAUCAAAACCUCCAUCCUCAACCACGUGUCUCGAUUCAGUGACUGUGGCUUGUUUGCAGCUCUACUUUGUCUGUCUCUCAUUGAGGAAGCAAAGCAGUCUGGACUGAGAAGAAACGUGUCCAUCAAAGUGAACAAGCACCUGCUGGGUUUGUGCAUCACUCACCUGCAGCAGGAGGACUGUGGCUGCAAAGUGAGGCUCGACUUCUGCAGCAGUCAGACUCUGCUCACAUUAGCUCGCAGUGUGAUCUCCAGCAAACCUGCAUGUGUGCUCACAGAGGCAGAGACAUGUCACAUGAGUAAGCUGGCAGUGCAGGCUUUCUUACUGACUGUUCCCUGCAGCAGCCCAGGUACAGUCAGACUUGGGAGAACAGUGACUGUAGGUGUUGAAGGACAUCCUGUGAUGGACUCAUCAGUGUUUCCAGGGUUGCUGCUGGAAGUGCAUGAUGUGUUCAGCCUCAAAAUGUUGAAUAUGCAUGCAGAUCCACUGCGCGUGGUGUUGUUCAGUGCAUCUCUUGCAGGAGACCUCUCUGAGCUUGGAGAUGGGAUCAUUGAGGUGCACACAGGUGUGGACACAGACUCACAGAUCCUGGAUCAGCUCCUGGAGCUCUGCAAACGCGCCGUUGAAGAUGGAGUGAAGCUCUUUGUGUGCCAGAAGGUGGUUCACCCGGUGCUGCAGCAGUACCUGAGGAGCUGUGGAGUCAUGGUGAUAGAGAGGGUGGGAAUCGCUCUCAUGGAGCCGCUCACUCUGCUGACAGGUGCUCAACCUGUGGCCUCUUUGCACGCCUCAGUCCCAGCGAAGGCUUACGGCACGGUGAAGGAUCUCAGCGUUAAGGAGUUUGGAUCUAAGACAAUGCUGCAUUUACAGCCGGCUGCAGAGUCUGCAACGAUCUGCACGAUGGUCGUCUGCCACAGGAACGAGACGAUGCUGAGCGAGCUGAAGGCUGUGUGUCAGCAGACGGAGCAUGUGUUGAGACUCACCCUGAGAGAGCCGUCUGCCUUACUGGGAGGAGGAUGCACUGAGACCCAGUUAUCUGCUCACAUCAGACAGAAGAGUUUGAAUGAAGCCGCAGAGUCCUCAUCAGCUCUGGGAUGCUCACAGUCAGAGCUCCUCCUCGGGGUGGACGGGUUCUGCCGCUCUCUGGAGUCGGUGUCUGCGGCGCUGCAGCACGACGGAGAAGCUUCUCUGAUCGAUCUGACUCACGCUCACCACUGGACGCUCCCUGCAGACGUCACGAGUGAAAACAUGGAGGACAGCUUGGGGCUCUGCGGCUGUGGGCUGGUGAAAACCGGCCCACACAUGAAGUGGACUCAUCUGAACACCAGAUCCCCAGGAUUCUCUCCUGCACUCACAAACAGAGACGGCAGUGUGCAGCCACGCGUCCUCGACUGCUUCACGGCGAAACUCAACGCGCUGCAGGUCGCUGUAGAAACUGCUAACCUGGUGCUGGAUGUGAGAUACGUGAUCCAGGACACAAACUGACAGAUCAGGUGUUUAAAGUAGAGUAUGUGACAUUAGAAUGAGGAAGGAUGACAUCUUUUAAAUCUGUUUUUGAUCCUUUUUGAAGCCCUGUGAUAGGUUGGCGACCUGUCCAGGGUGUACCCUGCCUUCCGCCCGAAGCCAGCUGGGAUAGGCUCCAGCCCCCGUGACCCCUAACGGGAUAAGCGGUCAAGAUGAUGGAUGGAUGGAUGGAUCCUUUUUGAUACAUACGGCGUUUAGGUCGACAGGAAACAACUUCUAGACAUCAAACCAGAGACCUUCCUGUGAUUUUUUAAAGGGCGAGUCACAUAUUCAGCUUUGAAGACAUGACUUAUUAAUCCGUCACCGUGUAGCAUUUAAAACGCUGCCAGUCUGAAACUUCUGUUCGCCAAAAUACCAACCCUCAACCACACAGCUGAGACCAGACGCUGAACUCAGGGAAUCAAACAACCCGACGCCUCAUCGCUCAUCAUGUUUAUGAGAAAUCUGGAACAAGUACAUUCAGUAUCUGCAUGAAAACAUUCAACUGGUUACAAACUUCCUCUUUAUGUUUAUUACACUCUCAAACAUGCAGCUAUGCCUGCAGAUCGAAUAUAACACAAAUCAAUGAGCAGUCUGAUGAAUAUACAGUCUGUUAAAAAGACAGACAUAGGGAUUAAAAACACACAUGACCCAACAAACAGGAUUCAUUCAGAUAUUUACAGAUGAGGGAUUAAUAUAUUAGAAUAUUUAUUUAAAUGAGGAUAAUAUACACCCUAUCAUAUCACACACAUCACAUUAUCUGUAAACACAAAUAUACAACCUCUCUGGACUCUUAUUCACUCUGCUCUUUGUGAUAUAUCUGGUUAUGUAAGUCCUGGAUCUUGUCUUGUUUUGUUCCUCAGAGGUUUGUUCAUGCAGGAGACCAACACCUGGUCAACAACCUCCUCAUGGAAGGGAAGAAUUGGCUUCAGACUGAAGCACCAAGUUACAAACAAGGCUGUUAAUCAUGAAAUGGUUAAUGGUUAACUGAGAAAGGCAUGAAUAAAUAUGAAGUCUGAGGAUAAGGUAGACCUCUAAUCCCCUAAAGUCUGUCCAUUUAUAGAGUUCUCUGUUAAACCCCCUCAGGCAUCAUUUUUAUUUAUCUAACUAAUUUAUUCGUCUUUUUUUUAUUAAUACUUUUUCUGAUUUAUUUAUUUAAUUCACA